UGGAAUUCUGUAGUAAUUACCAGAAACUUCCUGAAGCCUCUGGAGCGCCUCCUGCUAGAAUAUAAAGCUGGGACAGCCCCACUGACUGACAGAAAGAUACACUAGAAACACAGGAGUGAAAAGACGCCUGAAUAACAAGAAGACUCAAGACUAACCAGAAGAAAGAUGCUGUGCUCUCAUGGAUUCCCGUCUGCCCUCAGUCCAUUCAUGGACUUCUCCUGGCCUGUACGCAGUGUGUGGCCAGAGGUCAGACCUCUGUUCUACCAGCAGCAUGUCAUGCAGAGAGACCUACAGGAGCUGCGCAGCAGUCUGCAGCUGAUGGACAAACUUCAACGCCAGAUCCUGGAGGACACAGAGCCUUUCAGGAGCAGCGUGGCUCUGCAGCCAGUCUCCUACCAGCUGGACAAAGAGGGAGAGCACUUUGGCCUAACCCUGGACACUCAGGGUUUUUCUCCAGAAGAUCUGUCAGUCCAGCAGGUGGGCAGGAAGCUGAGAGUCAGCGGGAAGAUGGAGAAGAAACAAGAGGACGGGAAAGGCUCCUACUCUUACAGCCUGCAGGAGUUCAGACAGGAGUUUGAUCUGCCUGAAGGGGUGAACCAUGAAGACGUCAGCUGCCAUCUUUCUCUAGAUGGAAAACUCCACAUCCAGGCAGCCAAAGUUCCUUGUAUCGAGGGGACGGAGAGAGAGCUGACUAUCAAGAGGAGCUCAGAGGAGGAACCACAGCAGAGUGUUUGUUCACAGUCAGAAGACAGCAGAGCAGAAACACAGAACAGAUCAUAGAACAAAAAUGAAAACAUGGACUCACAUACAUGUUGAUGUGUCAAUUUCAAUUUGUCAUUCUAUUAAUUAAGAGUGUAUUCUGCUUUUUUGUACAGUAAAAGGGUUUAUUUAAACAUCUUUUCAAAAAGUGGUUAAUGGUUUUCUUUUCCAUUUGUCGUCUUCUAUCUUGAUCUUUAUGAUAAGAUGUGUUUUUCUUGAAAAUAUACUAAAACUUCAAGCAUGUAAACAAAAUAGUUAAUGUUAACUUAAUCUUGAAUCAAGUAAAAGUAAAUGUCAACAAGUCAACUUUGUCUUAAAGAAACAUUUAAUACAUGAAAUUUGCUGAAAAAUGAAAAGAAAUGUUUGACAUCUCAAUAUAAAAAUAGAUACAGAAAUGCAAAAUAC